UGUCAGCUGACCUAGGAAAGGAAGAGGAAGAAAGAUGGAAGGUAACAGAGACGAAGCAGAAAAAUGUAUACGCAUAGCGACUAAGGCUGCCGAAGCGGGGGACAAAGACAAAGCGCUGAAAUUUCUGAACAAAGCGGAGAAACUCUACCCAACCGAGAAAGCGAAAGCGCUGCUGGAGGCCCUGACAAAGAAUGGGAGCUCGACGGCAAACGGAACGUCUUUCCCGCGGUCGACGGAUGAGAGCGGCCGGAGUAGGCCAGAGGGGAACGGGCAGGACCCGGGGAACGCAGAACCGGCCAAGGGCUUCACCAAGGAGCAGGUGGAGGGAGUGCAGAGGGUGAAGAAAUGUAAGGAUUACUACGAGGUCCUGGGGGUCAGUAAAGAGGCCAAUGAGGAAGAGCUGAAAAAGGCCUACAGGAAGCUGGCGCUGAAGUUCCAUCCUGACAAGAACCACGCUCCCGGAGCCACUGAAGCCUUCAAAAAGAUCGGCAACGCGUACGCAGUCCUCAGUAAUGCGGAGAAGAGGAAACAGUAUGACCUGACGGGCGGAGAGCCGCCGGCGAAUACGGGACACGCCCGCGGCGGCUUCGACUUCCACACGGGCUUCGAGGCAGACAUCACGCCUGAGGACCUCUUCAACAUGUUCUUUGGCGGAGGCUUCGCUUCCUCGAGCUCUCACUCGUUCACCAAUGGCAGAGCCCGAUACAGCCAGCAGAACCCCACCCAGACCAGGCCGGAGCAAGGGCAGGGGCGGAGAGAUGGCGGGUUUUCCAUGUUCAUCCAGCUGAUGCCCAUAGCGGUGCUGAUCUUGGUGUCCAUCCUCAGCCAGCUAAUGGUGUCCACUCCCCCCUAUAGCCUCUACAGCAGACCGUCCACGGGGCAGACUGUUAAAAGGCAGACGGAGAACCUGCGUGUGGACUAUUAUGUCAGCCGAGAAUUCAAAUUAGAGUACAAGGGCUCGGCUCUACAGAAAAUAGAGAAAAGCGUGGAAGAGGACUACGUGUCCAGCGUGCGGAACAACUGCUGGAAGGAGAGGCAGACGAAAACGGACCUGUUGUACGCAGCCAAGGUCUACAGAGAUGAACGGUUGCGUCGGAAGGCGGAGCUUAUGACCAUGGACAACUGCAAGGAGCUGGACCGGCUAAACAUGCUGUACCGGGGAGGAUGAGCCCCUGCCCCACGGACUGUUUUACACUUGUGUGGAUAAACGCGCACAUACAUGUACAUGUAUACUUUUAUGAAGAGAGAAUGUGUCAACAUAGGACAGGGGGUGGGGGGGAGUUAGCCUUUCUGUGGGAUGUCCCUUGUCCAUGUCCAUUCCGCUGAACCCCCACCCAUGGAAAUGGCCUUCCUGCAUCUCUGUGAGUCUCCAUGUGCAACCCUCCCCCUUACGUUACUGUAGUUUAUGAAGGAAGAGCAUCUCUAAAAAAAGACACAUUGCUUGCAAGCGUCAUAUUACGAUGGUGGCAUUUUGGAGGGAGGCUAUCAUUUGCUCAUACAAUCCCAAACCUACUUCUUACAUCAUCCAACCCAUGUGCUCGACUUCAGCUUCAUUUGGAUUGUUCCCAUUCCAGGAUCUCCUUCCCCUAUAAAUGUGCCCCCUCUGAGACAUGCUGGGGUCUCCAGAGGAACAUAAGAUGGCCGCUGAACAGCCUUGUAGAAACCUCUGGGCCGGUGAGUUCAAAGUGAAGGGGAACAUGUCAGAACUCUACAGAUGAUGGGAUAAUUAAACCAUUUCCUUCAUGAGAUUGUAAAUAUUUUACUUUUGAAUGUUUGAAGUUAUGCAAGAAUUAUUUAAGUAUUUAGAGAAGCAGAGUUUAUCUUCCGUGCCGGACUAAUCGUUUGAAUAAAGUUUAAAUUAUUACCAAAACAAAAA